CCCGUUCAGCCAAUCACGUGGCACGCUGUCUCUGAGGUCACUUCCCGUCAGCGCGCAGGGUUUGGUUGCUCCGCCAUCUUGGAUGUGGCUAGCGGAGCGGCUAGCAGAGAGUCUCCGGAGAGACUGAGCCGAACCGAACCGGGACCAUCUCAACGAGCCGAGACGCGCCGGACACCAGCACACAGACCCGGACCCGCUCUGCUCUGGAGUCACAGACAGCCGGUCCCGCCGGGCAGCCAGCGACAUAUCCGGCUAACUUAGCCCGCAAAGAGGAACUGUUGCUCGGCUGCACUCCGGGUCCAUGUCCGGUACAAACUGCCGGAAAACAAGCCGAGCUGCGCCGCGCCGGGCCGGGUAACGCUCCGGUCCUGCUGCCCGGGCUGGAACCAGGGAUGUCGGCUGAUAUCCUGCUCAGAUAAGUCCGACCUGAAGUCACCGCAGCCCGCAGAAGUUCAGGCAGGUGUUCCGGGGCGGACCAGCGGCUUCAUGCCCGGACCUGCCUCACUCUGACCCGGGUAACAUGUCCGCCAGGACCCCGCUGCCCACCGUCAGCGAGCGGGACGCAGAGAGUCAUGCCUCAGUGGACGAUGGCCGUGUUAACACAUCGUCCCGCUCCGCCCGCGGUAAAAACUCCUCGUCGUCCGCCGCGGACGAGACGCCGCACGUCGGAAACUACCGGCUGCUGAAAACCAUCGGGAAGGGAAACUUCGCUAAAGUGAAGCUAGCGCGACACAUCCAGACAGGAAGAGAGGUGGCGAUCAAGAUCAUUGAUAAGACUCAGCUGAACCCGACCAGCCUGCAGAAGCUCUUCAGAGAGGUCAGAAUAAUGAAGAUCUUAAAUCAUCCAAAUAUUGUGAAGCUGUUUGAGGUGAUCGAGACAGAGAAGACUCUGUAUCUGGUGAUGGAGUACGCCAGUGGAGGUGAGGUGUUUGACUACCUCGUAGCUCAUGGGAGGAUGAAGGAGAAGGAGGCCAGAGCUAAAUUUAGACAGAUCGUGUCGGCGGUUCAGUACUGUCACCAGAGACACAUCGUCCACCGAGACCUGAAGGCAGAGAACCUCCUCCUGGAUGCAGACAUGAAUAUUAAAAUCGCAGACUUCGGCUUCAGUAACGAGUUCACUGUCGGUGGGAAACUGGACACUUUCUGUGGUUCUCCUCCGUACGCAGCACCUGAGCUCUUCCAGGGUAAGAAGUACGACGGUCCGGAGGUGGACGUGUGGAGUCUGGGAGUGAUUCUCUACACGCUGGUCAGUGGCUCUCUGCCGUUUGACGGACAGAACCUGAAGGAGCUGAGAGAGCGAGUGCUGCGUGGUAAAUAUCGAAUUCCCUUCUACAUGUCGACCGAUUGUGAAAACCUGCUGAAACGUUUCCUGGUGCUGAACCCGGGAAAACGAGGAACUCUGGAGCAAAUCAUGAAGGAUCGCUGGAUCAACGCCGGCUAUGACGAAGAGACCCUGAAGCCCUUCCUGGAGCCGGAGCAGGACAUCAGAGACCAGAAGAGGAUCGACGUGAUGGUGGGGAUGGGUUACUCCAGAGAGAAGAUCAAUGAUUCGCUCACUAAGAUGAAGUACGAUGACAUCACCGCCACCUACCUGCUGCUGGGACGCAAGUCAGCCGAGGUUGAGGCUCGUCCGCCCGGCAGCAGCCCGUCUCCGGCGCACCUCCUCGCCCAGCGCUCCUCCUCCUCCUCUAAACAGAGGAGGUGCAGCGACCAAGGUUCCUCGGCCGGCCCCCCCAGGAGGACUCAGACGGCAGCGGAGGAGGUGAAGAAGGAGGUCGGAGGUCACAGUAGGAGGUCCAGUCCGGUGGAGGGGGGCAGUCCACUUCUUGCGAACGCCAACAACCCCAACAUGGCCGACAUCCCCGAGCGGAGGAAGAAGUCAUCAACGCCCACCGGUGGGUCCAGCAUGACGAGGAGGAACACGUAUGUUUGCAGCGAGAGGAACUCUGCAGUCCAGAACGGGAAGGAGUCCAGCGCGACAACCACGCCCACGCAGAGGUCGGUGGGCGGAGCCUCUACCCACAGCGUGAGCGGUGGAGCCACGCCCCCGGACCGGCUGCGGUUCCCUCGUGGGACGGCGAGUCGCAGCACGUUCCACGGCGGCCAGCUGAGAGAACGCCGCUCCGCCACCUACAAUGGCUCACAUGACCAAUCACGGACCAGAGGGGCCAACUACCUGUUCUCCAAACUCACCUCCAGACUCAGCCGCAGUCGUCCGGUGUCCGAUCAGAGGGAGGAGCCUGCGUCUCCUGCACCUCCUCAGCUGAAGGAGUCGAAGCCUCGCUCCCUGCGCUUCACCUGGAGCAUGAAGACCACGUCGUCUCUGGAGCCGGCGGACAUGAUGAAGGAGAUCAGGAAAGUUCUGGACGCCAACAACUGCGACUACGAGCAGCGCGAGCACUUCCUGCUGCUCUGCGUCCACGGCGACGGGCAUGCCGACAGCCUCGUCCAAUGGGAGAUGGAGGUGUGCAAACUGCCCCGCCUCUCGCUCAACGGCGUCCGCUUCAAACGGAUCUCAGGGACGUCCAUCGCCUUUAAGAACAUCGCAUCCAAGAUCGCUGACGAACUCAAGCUGUAGAGAGAGAGAGACGGGUGGAGAGAGAGAGACGGGAUGAGAGAGAGACGGGUGGAGAGAGAGAGAGAGACGG